UUGGCCGCCUAUGAAGGAGUUCAAGCCGCCUCAGAAGUAGUAGGCACUGAAAUACAACUCCUGCUGGCACCCCGACUACCAGUGCUGGGAUGGAUGUUUAAAGGAAAGGUUCCCUCCACCCAUCAUGCCACCAAGCCACAUGGAGCAAAUGGAUUGCCCUCAUCACUCAGCGCGCCCUCACUGGAAACCCAAAUGGCCCUGGGAUUUUGGAGAUAAUUACAAACUGGCCAGAAAGUGAGAACUUUGGUCUCAUGGAUGAAGAGGAGCAGGAACAAGUGACACGUGCUGAAGAAGCUCCACCAUACAACCAUACAACUGCCAGCAGAAGAAACACGCUAUGCUUUUUUCACUGAUGGUUCCUGCCGCAUCGUUGGGAUGAAACGAAAGUGGAAAGCAGCCGCAUGGAGCCCCACACGACAGGUUGCACAAGCCACUGAAGGAGAAGGUGGGUCAAGCCAACUUGCUGAACUCAAAGCUGUUCAACUGGCCCUGGACAUUGCUGAAAGAGAGAAGUGGCCAAAGCUCUACCUCUACACUGAUUCGUGGAUGGUGGCCAAUGCUCUGUGGGGAUGGCUGGAGAGGUGGAAAAAGGCCAACUGGCAGCGUAGGGGAAAGCCAAUCUGGGCUGCAGAUGAGUGGAAGGACAUUGCCACUCAGGUAGAGAAGCUCCCUGUGAAAGUCUGUCAUGUAGAUGCCCAUGUCCCCAAGAGUCAGGCUAAUGAGGAGCACCGAAACAAUGAGGAGGUAGAUCAGGCUGCAAAGAUAGAGGUGUCAAAGAUAGACUUAGAUUGGCAAGCCAAGGGACAGUUGCUCCUAGCUCGAUGGGCCCGUGAUGCCUCAGGCCAUCAGGGCAGAGAUGCCACCUAUAAGUGGGCACAAGACCAAGGGGUGGAUCUAACCAUGGACAGUAUUUCUCAGGUUAUCCAUGACUGUGAGACGUGUGCUGCCAUCAAACAGGCCAAGCGGGUGAAGCCCCUAUGGUACGGCGGGCGAUGGUCCAAGUAUAAGUAUGGGGAGGCCUGGCAGAUUGACUACAUCACCCUUCCCCAAACCCGCCAAGGCAAGCACUAUGUGCUCACAAUGGUAGAGGCCACCACAGGAUGGCUGGAGACCUACCCUGUGCCCCACGCUACAGCCCGUAACACCAUUCUAGGCCUUGAAAAACAAGUUCUUUGGAGGCAUGGUACCCCUGAGAGGAUUGAGUCAGACAAUGGAACUCAUUUCAAGAACAGCCUCAUCAACAACUGGGCUAGGGAACAUGGCAUUGAGUGGGUGUACCAUAUCCCCUAUCAUGCACCAGCUUCAGGGAAAGUGGAAAGAUACAAUGGAUUGCUAAAAACCACCCUGAAAGCACUGGGUGGGGGAUCAUUCAAAAACUGGGAGCAGCAUCUAGCAAAGGCCACCUGGUUAGUUAACACCUGAGGUUCCACCAACAGAGCAGGCCCUGCCCAAUCUGAGUCCCUACAUACAGUAGAUGGAGAGAAAGUCCCAGUAGUACAUGUAAGAGGUUUGUUAGGGAAGACAGUUUAGAUCAAUUCUGCUUCAAGUACAGAGGAUCCCAUCCGUGGGAUUGUCUUUGCUCAGGGGCCAGGCUGCACAUGGUGGGUAAUGCAGAAAGAUGGAACCACACGAUGUGUACCCCAGGGAGAUUUGAUUGUUGGGUAAGAACCGUGUGUAAUUAUCGCUGUGUGCUGAAUGGUACUGCCACUGUAUGUAGCUGUAUAUUGCAUAUUGUUUUUUAUAUAGAUGUAUGUGUGUGUAGAGCUGGAGUAUAUAUAUUAGUUUUAGUAAAUUGACGAUAUGGGGAUACGGGGUGGAAUGUCCUAGGGUAACUUUAUGAUGCUUGUAUCCCCAAUCGUCUGUUCUGUUUGUGCUGUAUAUUGAGUCCUGUGCCUUUAAGACUGGUUCUAAGAGCAAGGAGAAGCGCAGAGUUUGUUUUGAGAAAACUGCCUGACUCCUCCACAUUCUUUUGCGGACGGGGUGUUCGGCAGAGGCUUGGAGAGACUGCAGGACAGAGAUUUUUUUUUUUGCUUUUAGUUAGUUUCAGCUAGCUAGGGCAGAGAAAUUCCCUGGACUGUUUUUUUCCCUUUUUCUUGGAACUGUUUAAACCUGCUCUGGACUGAAAACCCAGGGGAGCACUGGGGGCUGCACCUGCGGCCCACCGGGGCCUGGACCUCGGCAUUUUCCAGCAGCACCGGAGUGACUGGGACUGAGGAGAGGCUGAGAGAGAGAGAGAGAGCUGAGCUACACCCACGGCAAGGACUUUCUCAAUUUGCCAUCUCACUUCAGAAGGAGAGAGCUCUCGGCUUUCAGGAACAGACAAGUUGCCUGGAGAACUCCCUGCUCCGCCACGGCUGAAGCGCUGGAAACAUACUGUGAGCGGGCUGUCAAGUGGAAAGAAGAAAACACUGAAAAAAUUUAGAGUGGUCAUUUCACAGUAUUUUAGCUCUUCUGAGAAUUUCAACCCUUUUCUGAGGCUCAAUCUACAUCAUGGGAAAGCCUUUGUUUUUGUAUAUUUUUUUAUUCUACUGGCAUUUCCUAAACGCUUUAUUCACUGUUGAAGCUCCUCAGUCACUCUGCACCGUGGAACGUGGGAACAAUGUGACCAUGGAAUGCACAUUUCCAGUGAAUGGGAAAUUAGAGUUUAAAGAUUUAAGUAUCAGCUGGGAAAAGAAAGAUGAGAUGAAGCAGGUUUAUGUACUUCAUAAUGGCGAGGAAGACUUCAAAAAUCAGCACAGUGACUUUAGGGGAAGAAUAAAAUUGUUGAAAGAGAAUCUGAACUUGGGACAGUCUCUUCUUCAGAUCAAUGAUGUGAAGCUCAGAGAUGCAGGGGUUUAUCGCUGUGUUAUUGUCUAUGGGGGAGCUGACUACAAGACAAUCCAUCUGAAAGUUAAGGCUCCUUACAGAAUUAUAAACCAAGGAGUGGUGAGCACAGGACACAACGAAUGGAAGUUGACAUGUCAGUCAGAAGGAUAUCCAGAAGCUGAAGUGAUAUGGCAAAACAGAAACUAUGAAGAUUUGACUGAUAAAGCAAACACAAGAUUUGAAACUGGAAGUGACCAGUUGUACCGUGUGACAAGUACCCUUACAAUCAAAAGUGGAAUUGAUGAGAUUUUUUACUGUAUAUUCUGGAAUAAAGAGCUGCAAGAAAACACAUCUGCCAUUUUACACAUAGCAGAUUCAACUGAUGGCAUUCUCCAGACUGAGAGCAGACGCUUUGUUGGAGCAGCUCUCAUUGCUACUGCUUUUGUUGGAUCAGGGCUUCUAUUUCUGCUCUGCAUAAGAAAAGCUAGAGAAAAUAACAGCAACAGAACACCUGUGGGGAGUUCAACAGCAAAGCUGUCAAAAGAUAAGGAUACACAUGACUGCAGAGAUGCUUCUUUUGAAGACAGAGGUAAAAUAUAUGCAAAUUGAGAAGACCAAGAGAGAGCAGGGGGAGAUGGUUUUCCUCUGAUGUGAAGACUUCACAGCUUAAAUGUUCUGUGCUCUAUCUAUUAAAGGGGAUAUUAGUUUUUUGUAUUUAUUGUUUGAUGGCAAUCUUCUAUAUUAAUGCAAUACAGGAAAAAAUGGAGUUAAUUAAGUUAAACUAAUUAUUAUAUCAUAAAAAAUUACUGACUGCAGGCUUCUGUAUAGGAGAUGAGAUA